AUGAGUUACUUGAUCAUUUGUGUUGGUUUAAUUUCGCUGAUGAAAGAUGUACCAAAAACCUGUGCCGAAAAUUCUUCGUAUUCUAUUUCCGUUAGAAAAUAUGUUUGCAUCGAUAUGCCGUACAAAGAAACGAUACUUCACUCCUGCAAAAGUAUUCCGCGAAGAAACGCGCCUACGAUGGUUUAUGUGUCUUUAGAAGUCCCAAAAUUAUACGAUCAAGUUAAAUUGAAAGUGGUAAUGUUCUACAAGUUCAGUACUUAUCAACCAUUCCUCAUUACUAUCGAGGGAAACGCUUGUGAAUACAUUCGGCAUCCGCCACAAUUUGGCGUAGAAAAGCACGUGUACAAUAUUAUUGAAGAAACACUACCAGAGCUGGUAGAACCUUGUCCCGGGGGUAAUCGAACCUACAACAUUACUUGGUACUUUCAUAAAAGACAUGCGUUGAAGAACGUUCCAGCAGGGCAAUACAAACUGCGAUUCAAACUGAUAUCAUCACUUACAAGCAACACCUUAUUUGGAAUGGAUGUAUUUAUCACAGUUCGUAAUACCGGAAUCAUUUCCAGUUUUAUGACCGAGUAA